AUGGAAUUAUCCAAUACCCAAAGAGAAGAUAUUCCGGCCGCUUUUGAUGGUAUAAAAAGUCAAUUGAACCUUAUAUUGAAAUCAAAUCAGUUAUUUCAAGAUAAUGCGUUAUUGAAUGGGUUCUUGGCAUUUGUUCACUCCAAAUUGAAUGCCCUUGUCGUUUCAUCCAUAGAAUCUCAAUGUGCUUUGCGUCUAUCCAAAAAUUCAACUACUGCGAAUCUUGUGCCCUUUGACCAUAGAGAGAUGUCUUUGAUUUUAGAUUUUUCUUGGGAAAGCGUACAUUAUCCGAUAUUCAAGUGGUUCCAGAUGUGGAGAAGUUACAUUUUAUUUGAAAAAGAGAACAAAAAACAGCAAACUAAAUUUAUUGAGUUUAGAAGAAUGAAUUCGAAGAUGUUAAAAUUCUUCAAAACAGUCCAAAGCUUUUAUUUCAAUAUUAUUAACACGGUCUAUAAAGAGUACAGUUUAUCUGUGCUUUUGCCGAAUAAGGUUAUUCGAGACCUAAAGUUGGAUGAUAUCGAAGGAACUGCUAAUCACGGCGGCAAUUUUGUAGUUGAUACAUUUAAUAACGAUAAUGCGUUUGUCCUCCUCAUUCUGACUCUUUUCCAUCGAUGUCUGUUGUUUUUAGGAACAGCGCAUCGCUACAAAAGUCUCCUCGAGGAAAUUUCCAACAAGUACACUAUCCUUAAUUUGAACAAGUCUUUGAAUUUCUUUCGCUUAGCUUCAAUCAUGUUACCAAGCGCUGGCGAAACGUAUUCGCAAGCGGGAAUGGUAUUCCUGCAGACAGGAAACUUGGGAACUGCAAUGUACAACUUUGUCAAGGGCAUGAUGACUAAGAUGCCAAGUCCCGUGUCAAUUAAAAACUUUCACUCAAUAAUGGUAGAUAAUAAAAGUUCAUUGAACCGUAAUUUGCAUACUAUCAUCAUGAACACAUAUUUACAAGAAUCCAAAGGAGGAAGAGCACCUCCCAAAGAGGUAUUGGAAUUCUAUUUCCUGGGCCUAUUUGGGUCUGUUUGGUCGCCUAGUAGUUGGAGGGAUGAUACAAAACCUAAUCAAUUAAACAAUGGUAUCAAAUUAAAGCAUUUGGAAGUAGUACUUUAUGAAACCAUGUCGACAAUGUAUUUAAAAAAUAUGCGGGUCAUCUUCAAUAAUUUAAUCGUUACAAUAGGUGGGUUUCAUCUUUUAUUAAAAAGGCGAUCCGAAGUAGGCAUAAAGACCUUGAAAGAUUUACGUAACAAUGAGUUGGAUUAUCUAAAGUUUGCAUUCAAAUUUAUCGUUCACAUCCUAAAUGAUAUCGUCAAGGAAUCAUGGAGCGAAAAUGUUGAGGUUUUUGAGAUUCUAGGUAUGGUCAGAAUUAUCAAUUAUUGGAUAAAAUCAAAUCUCAUAGUUUUGCAAUAUUCUCAAACCAAUAUAGAGUUUGUUAAUGCCGUGGCAUACUUGAUGAACGAUAUCAUGAAAAAAAAGCCUAAUUUUUCUUUUAAUGCCACGGAAAAUCCUCCUAAAAGGACCUAUUUAUUUGAGGAAGAUUUGAUGGUGAAUGGUUUAUCUUUCGUUGAUUAUCAGUUAUCCGACUUUCAGGACCAUGAUAAGAUCCUCCAAAUGGAUCAGAAUCUUGAUAGAUUAAUUGGUGACCCGCCAUUAGCCGACAAAGAAUCAGCAACUUCUGAAAUGUUUUUGAGGUUGCAAGUUGUUGUGAACUUGAGUUUCAACUUAUUGAUGAAGAAUAAAUGUGGAGUAGAAUGGUCAGAUGAUAAAUCACGUUUCAUCUUCAAUAAGAAAAUUGACCUUAAAGAAACCGUUAAACCUAAUACGAAGUCAUCAAAAAGGCCGAAUGAAAAGGCUAAGUUAUCAAGAAAGAUCAAAGUUUCCAUCACCGAUGACUCAAUCCCCAUGGCAGAUUUGGAAAGGCAAAUGCGAAACAGCUCUUUGAAUUCUUCUUUUCCGACUAUGGGUUAUAGUGGUUCAUCUGUACCUAUGGCGCCAGAUACAUUCAAUAUUAAACCCAGCGGCAUAAUAACAGGAAACAGAGUGAAUUCGAAGACGUUUGAAAGUGAAGUGAGUGAUCAAAGGGUAGAUGACACCAUUACAAAUGUGUCUCCUGUUUACAGUAGCGCAGCAGUCUUUUCUUCGACCUCUACAGGUGGGUCAUCCUUCGAUUUGAGUAACAUUUUAUCUCCCGCGCAACCUAAAUCCAUGCAAGCACUAAACAUACAAAAACCGUCCAGUGAUAUCCACCGUCAAGUUCAAAGUUCAAUGCAAGGGGGGGUACAUUCACCCCAACAACCGCCGCUAUUGAUGUCCUCGCUAAACUCCACGUAUUCAAAUUCCACGAUGUCGUCAUCUGCGUCAGUGGUAUCCUAUCCUUAUAUGUUCUUGAACCAACAAAGCCGAGGAGUAGUUCCGUCUUUUAAUGCGCAGGAUUUACAAUGGCAGAAUGAAGCAUUUCCAUCAAAUUCAAGAAAUUUUUCGAACCCGGUGUGGAUGAGCCAUCAGCAUCAAACCCCCGCACCACCAGUAUAUGCGCACUCGCAACAGCAGAUGUACCAGCAACCCGCGCAGCAAGAAGCGGGCAAAUAUAUGCAAUUUUCCUAUGGGGCCCCAAAUUCUACUGGCAAUAUGAAGAGAAACGACCGUAACGGUAUGUUUUAG